AGCACCGCUGCCCGCGGCGGGCUAAGGUCCUGGAGUUGAGGUGCGGCGUGCUCUCUCCACUGCAUUUGUUUUGUGCACUGAGGGGAAGGCCUCCAUCUUCUGGCUUCAACUGUGAAAUAAACUGGCCCGGACUCAGUCCCCCGCCGGCCGCUCGCUCGGGAAAAGUCCCUGUGCCUGCCCGGUCCAGUUUCUCGGCAGCCGGGCCGGGAGGGGGAGAAGAGCAAUUUCAAAGGGCGGUGGGCGAGAAUGCCUAAUUUCAGUUUGAAGAGGGUCCGAAGCCAAAGGGGUUAAAACAAGCGACUCCCCCACUUUGCGCUUCCCUAAAGCACACCCUGCCAGCCCGUCAUGGGCAGCCGCGACCACCUGUUCAAGGUGCUGGUGGUGGGGGACGCCGCAGUGGGGAAGACGUCACUGGUCCAGCGAUAUUCCCAGGACAGCUUCAGCAAACACUACAAGUCCACGGUGGGAGUGGAUUUUGCUCUGAAGGUUCUCCAGUGGUCUGACUCAGAGAUGGUGCGACUCCAGCUUUGGGAUAUUGCAGGACAGGAGCGCUUCACCUCCAUGACCAGGCUGUACUAUCGGGAUGCCUCUGCCUGCGUUAUUAUGUUUGAUGUUACCAAUGCCACUACCUUCAGCAACAGCCAGAGAUGGAAACAGGACUUGGACAGCAAGCUCACGCUGCCCAGUGGAGACCCCGUGCCCUGCCUGCUCUUGGCCAACAAGUGUGAUCUGUCCCCUUGGGCAGUGAGCCGGGACCAGAUUGACCGGUUCAGUAAAGAAAACGGUUUCACAGGUUGGACAGAAACGUCAGUCAAGGAGAAUAAAAAUGUUAACGAGGCCAUGAGAGUUCUCAUUGAAAAGAUGAUGAACAAUUCCAGAGAAGACAUCAUGUCUUUGUCUACCCAAGGGAACUAUAUCAAUCUGCAAACCAAGUCCUCCUCCAGCUGGGCCUGCUGCUAGUAGUGUUGGACUUCUUGUUUUUCAUUUCAGUUCUAGGAAUUCCUUCCAUCUCUUCCCUUUGGUUGCCCACCCAGCAGUAUUGUUAAGUACUUUUGAACUGUCUCCUGCUGACUAUCCAGUAAAAGAGAUCCUUCGUCACUUAGAAGAGACAACCUGGGACCCAGGUGCAUUUCUGCAUCUCCUGGAUGUUUGCUCUGACCUGUUUUUAGCUGAUGUGGCCGAGUUAGUGUCUUUUGUAUAAGGAGGAUUAUGUCAUCCCUCACUUUGUUAUCUGGAAUUUUGUGGGAAGGAUUAGAACUCAGCAUCUAUAUGUUAAAAAUCAUAAUUCUCAGUUGUUUUUUUAGCUUAUUUUUCCAUUUGAUGGAUAUUAGUAUUAAGAAUAAGAUCAAGAGGAAAAUAAGAUCAAAUGUCAUUUUCCAAAUUCCUUGUAGCUCAUUGCCUUCAGAUUCUUUCUCUCUUGGUCUUUGAUUUAAACAUCUGAUUCUGGGAAUCAGAAGAGGAGAGCUGGACAUCUAGGGGUUUUGGGCUACUGGAGGUGACCCAGAAGUCACUAUUUCUGCAGUUUAUAAAGUCAUAGUUAGCUUUCUCUUGCUUGACUUCAAGAAUAGUCAAGCUUUUAAAUUACCUAUCUUCUGUGAUGAGAGCAUUUCUUUCCACAUUAGAGUUUUCUAGUGUCUAGUGUGGGGGCAAGGUUUGCAGUUUCUGGGUUGAUGUGCCUGAUCAUAGUGCCGCUAGUGACAUCACUUGGCUAUGGUGCCCUGAAAUAGAUCUGUUCCUGGCAGGUCUCAGAAUCUGAAUGGAAGAAGAGGUUAACAGAACUAAUUUCUGUGGGAAAACUUUGGGUGGCUAGCACUUAACAGCCAUAGGAAACAAAUAUUAUGUGUAGGAAUUGGCCUGGGGAUGGAGAAUGAAUAGACAGAAAAUCAUUAGGUAAUUUAAGUGCAAAAUUGGGUAGAGUUUUUAGUACCAAAUCACUUCUAGGUGCUUUAAUUUGUUAAAUUCUCUCUAGGAUGUUGAUUUAUAACCUACCCGAAGUUAUGAAUAUUCUUAGUGAACUCAGAGCCGUAAGGUUCUCUAAUAGACCCUAGAUAAGUGUCUUUAGUCAGUGGUUCCCAAACCUGGCUGAUAAAAAUCACCUCAGUUGUUUGUAAAAAAAAAAAAUUUUUUGAGAAAAGUGUUUUAAAAUUUCCAGGUCCUAACCUCCAAAUCAAAAUUUCCAGAAUUGAGGCCCAGAGAUUUUUUUUUUCCCCAAAGCUCCCCAGGUGAUUCUGACCAGCCUGGUUUGGAAAACCAUUGCUGGAGAACUUGGUAAAGAUACAGAAGCCCAGGUCUUCCCUACAUAAAUGAGCCUCAGUCUCUGAAGGCGCUCUUAGUUCUCCAAGUGAUUCUGAUAACACAACAAACUUUGAAAACCACUGCCCUGGGAGACCAGAGUGCAAACAUCAGAAAGGGAAUGGGCGCCAAACCUUCAGUUUUGUUUUGUUUUGUUUAAAUGCUAAUUAUGAAUUUUGCACAGUCUUUUGAGACUUUAAAGUUCCCUUUUGUAUUCCCAUUUUUCAGUUGAGAUUGUUUAAUAGGGUUUUUUUUAAUAAAUUGCUUGAACCAGUAGAACUUUAA